GAGGCGCGCGUAUUCCGCGUUCGAAUUCAGAACGUCCGAAAACAAAACACGACAGCGUUCCAAAUUCAAAAAAGUGUAAUCAAAAACAGUGCAACGUGCCAGUGUUUUUAUAAAGCGUGAUAAUUUAAAAAGUUGCGAGUGAAAAUGUGACUGUGUUUAAAAUGGGCCUUGAUUUCGCGCGAAGCGUUACAUUCGAGUACUGUUUGUAGUUAAGAUGCGUGAGUUUUUAAGGAUUGUUUUGGUGUGUGCGUGUGCAUUGCUUUUGACGGUAUGUUGUGAGGACAGUGAGGAACUGGAUUCGAGGGGUGAGAAGGAUGAGAAAGGGCUCCCAACAGGCACCCGUCGCACGACGACGCAGAGCAGCGUUAAUGCGACAAGAGAUCAACAACUGCACGCCGUGCUGGCGGCGCGGCGGCGACAGCUGCUCAACGGGCGACUCGCCACGCACAUCAAUAACUUAGCCAACAUAGCUAAUAAGCCACAUAAGAGUAAUACAACAUUCCUCCAGAUAGAAGUCCGAGACUCGAACAGCUCCAUAAUCAAGAGGAUAACGUUCGACAACUCAAGUAACGAAGCGGCUCCCAGCCUUCGGCUCACAACGACCGACGGCAUACGGGAGAUAAAACAAGAUCUCAAACCCCACGAGAUCAGACAUCUGUUCGUCCCCAAAGUCUACCAGGAAAACCGAAGUCGAGCAGGUUUUAUAAAUAACAGAAGAAAUAAAACACAAGGACCUUCUACAGAAAAUGGAAUAAUCUACGUUCCACCAGAAAAACUUGAAGGACUGGACAAAGAGGUAGACUUGGAACCAGAUGAAGAAUUUCAAGUUGAUGAAUCUAAUCAUGGUUUAUAUUUGCUCAACUAUUCAGAUACUGAUAAUGUCACACAAAUUCCAGUUUUAAAUGUAACUGUAAGUGCUAAUGAAGUUAAUGUAAGCAGUACUGUAAAAAUUGAAAAUACAACGCUCGCCAGUAAUGUUACUAGUAGCGUUACGACAGAAGCCCCAAAUGUUCAUGUACAUAAAAAAGUUGAACAACUUGAAGACGUUAUUGCUAAUACUACUGAUAAUAAACAUACAAAACCUUUAAAAACAGAGAACGAAAAAGAUAAAAGAAAUGAUACUCAGUUUAUGUCAGAAGAAAUUUACAAUCACUUUAGACCGCUAGAAUCUGAACUACCAGUUGAGGAUAUGACGCCAUUUAUUAAUUUUGGGCAAAAGAUAGCAGGUCAAACUAUUAACGAUAAUCUAACUGACUCUCCAUCGUUAUCAGCAUCAACCAAGUCGGUAAAUUUUAUUGUUGCUCCCCCGGAAAGACGAAAGUUCAAUUCAAGAUAUUCUGCUACCGAAAAAUAUAAGAACACCAGUGUCGAUGAAGAAGAAUUGAAUGAAGAUAUGGAUGUCUCCGUAGUAAAGAAUACAAUUGAAAAAAAUAAGAUCAGAAACACUGUGAAAGGACCAGCUCCCCAGCGUCACGUAGGAUUAGUUAAUGCUUAUAGAAAACACACUACGCCUUCCACAUCCAAACCUCCAAAUAUUGCUCAACUAAAUGUUACUGAACCCAUAAUAAACAAUGUGACUCCUAGUUCUGUAGACAAAAGUAGUAACGCGACAAAUACUACUGUAAAUAAAGAAAAUAUCAAUACAAAUUCCACUGUUAAAGAAAAUAUUUCCAAUAAAACGAAUGGAACUUCAGUACCGAGAAAUUAUACAAGAAGUUACCAUAAUUUACGACGUCGGCCUGCUAGAGUCACAACUGUUUCAAGCACUGAAAAUAUACUACCAGUUGUAGUUGUAAACACAACAACGGAAAAAGCUUCAACAGUUUAUACAGCUGUAGUGACUUCUGUAUCGAUAACAUCUUCCAUGAAAGGACAGAACAAAACUGACAUCAAAGAUGCUGACAAUAGUACAGUCAUCGAGACAAUUGUGCCUAAGGAAAAUGAGACGGUACCUUUCAUCAUCAACGUUACUGAGACAACUCCGAUACCACCACCUUCUUCUAGGGUACCAUAUAAACACAGAAUUAGGAUACGAACAACAACUACGGAGAGUAGUGUCCAGUCUAGCCCAGCGGUUUACAUGCACAGAGCAUAUGAAAACAAUGACGUUACAACUAAAAUUUCUGACCUCAAAAACGAAGCGACAACUUCCAGGAUAUCUGAAAGACUAGCCAAUUUGUUUAAGCAAAAUGAAUAUGAAAACAACAAUAAUGGAAGCACAAUUAGACCGAAAAAUAUACUAAGAAGACGACGACCAACUACAACAACGACUUCCGCUCCAGUAUCUAGUUUACGACCUACAUUUAUGACUACGAUUUCGACUACGACUGAACAAUUAACAAGCCCCGUCACAGCGGCGGAAGAUUCGACAGCUACUGAAACAACUAUAAAACCAUUGAUGGUCACUUCAAGGACAUCAUCACAAUCUAGUUAUAAACCUACAAUCACUCCAGACACAUCUACCGAAAAAGAAGAAAACAUCACUUCAGUCGAUUCAGUGGAGGAUGGAAAAGCUACUUCUGAUAAUGAAGUAGUAAUAGAACCCGAAAAGACUUACACAGCUUCGUACGUCUUAGCCGGCUUAGGUUUCCUGCCUGUGGCGGGUAUAGUAGUAUUUGUUUUAAGGAAUAUAUUAAAUAAGAAGACCAAAGAGAUAGACACAGAUUACGAGGGCUACUUCGACGAUGACGAGGUUAAGAAGGAGUCGCCUAUAACGCCGGUGGCGCGGCCGCCGCUGCCGACGCCGACCAAGCCGGACAACAAGUGGGAGUUCCCGAGGAACAAGUUGAGGCUACAAACUUUAUUGGGGCAAGGGAACUUUGGACAGGUCUGGAAAGCCGAAGCAGACGACCUAAACGGACACGACGGGCUGACGCGACUAGUAGCCGUCAAGAGCAUCAAGGAAUCCGCCUCGCAGAAGGAGAAACAGGAACUGCUGCACGAGAUCUACAUCAUGCAGAAGAUCGGCACCCACCCCAAUGUCGUCACACUGCUCGCUUGCUGCACUGAACAUGAGCCCUACCUCCUCAUAAUGGAAUACGUGAUGUGCGGCAAGCUGCUAACCUACCUGCGUGAGCGGCGCUCUCGGCCCGACCGAUUUAGCGGGAGCGGAGCGCUGACGUCACGAGAUCUCACGGUUUUCGCGUACUGCGUGGCAAGGGGGAUGGACUACAUCGCUUCUAAAGGGAUCGUCCACCGCGACCUGGCCGCCCGCAACGUGCUGGUGGACCACAACAAACUCUGCAAGAUAGCAGACUUCGGCAUGUCUCGGGCCGCCGGCGGCGCCUCACGUAACCGAGGGGCCCUGCCCGUCAGAUGGAUGGCCCCUGAAGCGCUGCUGUACAACGUGUAUAGUCACUCCACUGAUGUGUGGGCCUUUGGGAUCACGCUGUGGGAGAUCGUCACGCUUGGUUCGACGCCAUACGCAGCGAUGUCCGGGCGCGAGGUGCUCACAGCCGUGACGGAGGGCUACCGGCUGGAGCGCCCCCCGCACUGCAAGCCGCAGCUGUACCGCGCCAUGCACUCCUGCUGGCACGCCGACCCCUCGCAACGACCCACCUUCGCAGCCUUAAAGUCCCAGCUAGCUGAGCUUCUUGAUAACGAGCCGUCUGAAGGGAAUUAUGUCGACUUGGACUCGUUUUAUCAAGAAUCUUCUGUGUACAGUGAUCCAUCGGCUAUUAUACAUGAUGAUGAGGGAUUGUCAGCGGAGUAUGAUCGGGAAAGACGAUGUUUUAGAGAACUUACCAAAGGCCCCACGAAAUACGACAACCACGGUUUCAACUUCCGCGAAAGAAACGAAGACAUCCUCAACAAAUUCGGGGGCACACCGAGAAUGGGCGGUUUCGGCAUCCGAGACGUCCCUUUCAACGACCGCAACUUCUCCGAUGGCGAGUUCAACGAACGCACCUUCACCGACGAAAGCUUCACCGACAAAAACUUCACCGACAAAAACUUCACAGACAAAAAUUUCACCGACAACUUCACCGACAGAAAGGAGAAACUCUCGACGUCGAGCUUCCACAAAGAACGGGAGGGUAGAGAGAGCAAUUUGGUCAGUAGGAAUAGCUUUAGUGGGUUCCCUAGGAUAGGCACGAGGGAUAGCCAUUUUCAAAUGAUGCCUGAUGGGAGGAAUAAAAGGGUCUCAGAGUUUGAAUGUGACAUCUGAAGAUACCGUAUAGUCGAACGAGAACUUAGGAAUCUGCAGUUGAGACCUGCUUCUUAAAACUUGUAACUUUUUGAACUGCGGCUUUUAUAAAGUAGGUCUCAGGUUUGAAGGUGCCAAUGGAUUUCAAAUAUUGGUUUUUAAAUUGUAUACGUAUUGGUUGCUUGAAGGCUAUGGAUUUCUUUGGUCUCUUUAACUAUAAUUGAGUCAAUGUAGAACGUCUUACUUCUGACUUUUACGCACUCAUGUGAGUCUUUAGAAAUUGACUGAAUCUUUGUAUUUCUAGUAACUUUAGAAAAGUUUAGUGACUUUUGCCAAACGUUUGCACUGAUUUCAUGUUUUUAACACAUUUUAGCACAAGUGUGGACUCGUGAUAAUUUAAUUUUUAAGUUUCAAUUUCAAUUAAAUUGGUUGAAAUUAUGUAACUUGAAAUGUGUUGAUUUUGUAAAUAGAUUAAUUUAUAGAAUUUUGUAUGUGUGUUUGUGUUAUUGGUGUUUUUGUAAAUAAAUUGUAUAAUUAAGGAGUUAGAAUGACAAACAAAAGAACUGCAUCUUAUUUUGUAGAUUUAUUAAAAUAUACGUUACUGUUUAAAUAUUAAAAGUAUAAAAAAAUAAAAGAUUAAUGUUUGCACUUAUGUUUAUGUUGGAUCACAACGGUGCUAUUGUUAGGUUUUCUUUUAAAGUAGAUUUUUUACAAAACGUAUUACAAAAAUAUCCAGUUACUCUAGUGAAAGUCAUUUAUUAUCGACUUUAUUAUUGUUAACAAUUAGUCAAAACGUACCUAUAUGACAGAAAUUAUGACAAAACCUUGUAAUCUGCAGAAAUUUAAUGUCAGUGUCAAAUAACAAUUAAUUACCUAUUGUAAUACUGACAAAGUUUACUAUGUGCAUAGCGGUACAAAAUGAAAAUUAUUUUGAGUACUCUAGAAAAUGUACAGGGUUAAUAAUGUAACAUCUUAACUAAGUCAUCUCGUUUUGUAAAAUUUUUGGAUGUCAUAAAGUUUCUGUUACAAAAUAUCGCCAUAUAUUUUGACGUUUUUAUAUGAUAAACUUAAUAUUCAAUACAAAACUGGAUUUUCUAUAAGUUUUGCUCUUUCAAGACUACUAAGAAACCUAGAAGUUAAUUACUGCUAUUUACAUACAUAUAAUACUGUUACCUGUAAUGUUAGAGCAGAUUUUUAUUUUACUGACGUUUUUUUUAAUUUCUCAAAUAAGUAAGAUAAUCUCAUUGCGGGCAUAAUAAUCCCGAAAUCCAAUUUCGAACAAAAAAUUCUUCAUGUGUUUUUUUAGGCAAUAUUUACGUAGGAAUUUUACGUAAGUAUAAUGUACAUUAUACUUAUAAAUAAUAGGGAACUGCGUCGAAAUACAAAAGAACACGUCAAUAAAAUAAAAAUUGUCCCGUUAAAGUUUAUAAAAUGUUAUUCAACGUUCUUUUUCGAAUCUCCGUCGAGGUACUUGGUGGAAUUGACGCGAUAUCUGUACGAGUAUUGGACGAAUUAUGGACACUUUUAUAAUUUACUGUGCUUUUGAGCAUUUAGCUUAACCUAACAACUAGUAAGUAUUGAACAUUGAACUUGGUUAAAAUAUUUCUGUAUAGUGCAAUGGUACCUUUUGUAAUUAUUUCUUAGCAAAAUGGGAUUUAAUCGCGUACAGUAAGCGGCGACAUUAGUAUAUGGCGGAGAUAAAGAAUGCACAUCGGUCUUUGGAAGGAGAAGAUUAACGUCACAUAAGCAAGAAAGAGACAACGCUCUACGGAUGUGCAUUCUUUAUCGCCGUUUACUGUUAUUACAGUAGUAUUUUAUACAAUCGUGAUAUAAUACAAAGCUUCUCAGUCGAGUACCAUAUUUAAUAGUAGGUACGGUACGAGAGUGAAAAGCUUAAUUAUAUCACUAUUGUAUACAAUACUUUUUCUAUGAGUCAUCGUCUUCAUCAUCAAUGGACGAAAAUAUCAUCAUUCAAGUUAAAAUUAAUGUUAAUA